ACUUGGCCACCUUCUACAUCAGACACCAGACACGACACUGCAGCCAUGGAAGUAGACGAAGAUCAACCGUCACUCUCGAUAUGCAUGCUAGGCGCGGGUCAGGAGGUCGGCCGGUCUUGCUGCGUGAUCAAACAUCGAGGAAAGACGGUCGUAUGCGACGUCGGGUUGCACCCUGCCAACAAUGGGAUCUCGGCACUACCUUUUAUCGAUGAAGUGGAUUGGAGCACGGUCGAUGCCAUCUUGAUCACUCACUUUCACGUCGACCAUGCAGCUGGUCUGCCAUAUGUCACCGAAAAGACCAACUUUAGGGAGGGAAAGGGGAAAGUUUACAUGACGCAUCCGACCAAGGCGAUCUUCAGGCUCACCAUGCAAGACGCCGUGCGAAUAGGUGACAACUCGGACCAGGGUGACAAGCUGUACAACGAAGCCGACCUCGACUCGUGCUGGCAAGACAUCAUCGCCGUCGACUAUCACCAAGACAUCGUCAUCUCCGGUGGGCUCCGUUUCACACCCUAUCACGCCGGUCACGUGCUAGGUGCCGCAAUGUUCAUGGUAGAGAUCGCUGGAGUCAACGUGCUCUAUACGGGGGACUAUUCGAGGGAAGAAGAUCGGCAUUUGGUCAUGGCCGAAGUCCCGCCGAUCAGACCUGAUGUGAUGAUUGCGGAGAGUACGUUUGGGGUACAUACGUUGCAGCCGAGAAAGGAAAAGGAGGAGCAGUUUACGACACUGGUCACGAACAUCGUACGGCGUGGAGGACGUUGCCUCAUGCCAAUCUCUGCCUUUGGGAACGUUCAAGAACUCCUCUUGAUCCUGGAUGAACAUUGGUCCAAUCAUCCGGAAUUGCAUAACAUCCCCAUCUACUACGCCUCGGGGCUUGCCUUUCGUGGGAUGCAGGUCUACCGGACCUACAUACACACGAUGAACGAUCACGUUAAGUCACGCUUCUCAAGGGACAGGAACGACAACCCCUUUGCAUUCAAGUAUGUGAGGAACGUCAAGGACUUCAGGAAAUGGAAAGAUUCCGGUCCUUGUGUGAUGAUGGCCACCCCGCAGAUGUUGCAAGGGUACCAUAGUCGAGAGCUGCUGGAGAAUUGGGCACCGGACAGGAAGAACGGGUUGGUCAUCACCGGGUAUUCGAUCGAGGGGACCAUGGCCAAGAACCUACUGAAGCAGCCCGACGACUUUAUCGGCAUACACGGGAACAAGAUUCAGAGGAAGAUGACGGUGGACGAGAUCUCCUUCAGCGCCCAUGUGGAUUUCCAACAAAAUUCGAGCUUUAUCAGGGAGGUCAACCCUAAACAUAUCGUCCUGGUGCACGGAGAACAAUCGUUGAUGGGCCGAUUAAGGGCGGCUUUGAUGAGCCAGUUUGCGGAUUCGGAUACAAAGGUUCAUAUGCCCCGGAAUUGCGAGCCGCUCGAACUGAGCUUCACUAUGGAACGGGUUGUCAAGGUCAUCGGUUCGCUAGCGUCGAAGCCCCCGCAGGACAAGGACCCGUUGUCCGGUUUGCUCGUCUCGAAAGAUUUCUCGUAUACCCUCCUCGACCCGAAAGACUUGAAAGACUUUACCGGACUAGGCACGAGUGAGAUUACGCAGAGACAGCGGGUUAGAAUCGGGGUUGGUUGGGAUGUGGUGAAGUGGCAUCUUGAGGGGAUGUACGGCGAGGUGGAAGAGGACGUUGUGGACAGUCGACCGGUGUUUGUGGUAAUGAACGCUAUCUCGAUUGUACAAGUGUCUGAACAGGAGUUGUCGCUCGAAUGGUCCUCGAGCGGGAGCAACGAUAUGAUUGCGGAUAGCGCACUAGCCUUGUUGUCCGGGAUGGAUUCAAACCUUGCCACUGCCAAGCUGACUUCGCGGCUACAUGGACACGCCCACGACCAUGAUCACGACCACAAGUCCGAUGCUGCAGCCCCGAAAGACGUUCCGGAAGCUUUCUCAUCGACCUCGGCUUCCCGACUGACCAGUGACAUCCACCGCCUGCGUCUCUUCUUGCUCGCUCACUUUGGUGACGUUUCGGUGCCGCUCAUGCAAGAGAAGGAGGGAAUGGAGGACGAGCUGCUUGUCAUCCGAGUUGACGUCGAUGGUGUCGUCGCGAGGAUCGACUUGAUGACUAUGGUUGUAACAUGCGAGAACGCCACGCUCCGUCAUCGCGUUGUAGGCGUGCUCGAGAUGGCGCGGAGUACCGUGACGAGUCUGGCCAGAGGGUUCGUUGGAGCAGGGAUCGUGGGCAAGGCAGUGCAGCGGGACAAGCUUGGAGAGAACCAGAGCGAGAUCGGGUCUGGAGCUCGAGCUUCCGCUGGGGCUGGAGCGGGCGUGUGGAAAGGGUGUUGCUAGGCGUUUGUUUUCGAAUGCGGACGAGAAGAUUGGGAGAUGGGGAGACAGACGAGACUGUUGUAGAAUUCACAAAGAAUCUGCUAUCACACAUAUGAAACUGUCGAAAUGCGAAA